AUGGGAGACUCGGACGCGAUAAGGGCCUCAACUCGGAGGAGGAGGGCGAAUUUCGCGGCCGGGAGAAGUGCCAGCGUGCUCCCGGUGAACGGGAAGUCUGCUGCGGAGUAUCAGGGCUCACUGACCGCUGACAUUAGCAGCUACAAUGGCCCGGGGGAACUCGCCUCUUCACUGGAGUCAGUCGGUCCUAAAUCAAAGAGUGACAAGAAGAAACGAAGGAAUGACAUAAGUGAAAGAAUGAGGUGAGCCCCACGAAGAUAACAUUUGCAGACAAGCUUUUCUUAAGACCAAAGUUGAAUAUGUAGAUAUCUGAUAUUACGCUUCAAACAGCAGCGACAGGUUCCAUGUUUCCUGUCAAAAACGUUGUUUUUUGACGCAUUUUUGAGCUGGUUUAACUAUCGGGCAUCUUUGAAGUAACUUUGGUUAACGUGUGUCUGUCAUUGAUCAUUUACUCAUUCAUUCAUCAAUGCUGCUUGUUACAGUAACGUGUACAAACAUUGACCCUGCUUGACAUCUCGAACUGUGUACAUAAGUGUAUCUGAGGCAACUGUUACACGCCCGAAGGCUCCUUCAUUGAUCCAGAGCGGUUCUACAGGGGCCAUACUUACAGGGCUGAUCUGUGGGCUUGCCUGAUCUCUUAAACUAUAUCUAAUUAUUUUAUUUUAUCCAUUGUUUUAAUUGUUUUUUGAUUGUUUUUAUGUCUGCGUUGUUUUGUCUAUUCAUGUACAGCACUUUGUUCAGCUGUGGUUGUUUUAAAGUGCUUUACAAAUAAAGUUGAGUUGAGUUAAAGUCACGUGUGUAAUGUCAAAGUAGGCCACAACUAAGCUUCAACUUCUUGGUACUAGUGUUCAAUGAAUGUGAACUUUUCACAAGGGUUGGGUAUUGUUUGAUAUUGAACGAUUCUGGUUCCGAUUCCUCAUUUCGAUUUUAUUAAUCCGAACCACUGACAAUUCAAAGCAGAGAUCAGGGAGCAGGGCCGCAGUCUUACACGCCCCCCUGCGCCUCUUUUAGAGCAGCCUCCCAGCCACUACCACUUAUACACAGAGACAAGGGAGCAGAGCCGCAGUGUAAAACGCCCUUCUGUACUCCCUUCAGAGCAGCUUCCAAGCUACAAUCAGCUUGACUUAGAAAUCAGGGAGCAGAGCCGCAGUGUAAAACGCCCCUCUGUACUCCCUUCAGAGCAGCUUCUAAGCUACUCUCAGCUUGACAUAGAAAUCAGGGAGCAGAGCCACAGUGUAAAACGUCCCUCUGUACUCCCUUCAGAGCAGCUUCCAAGCUUCUCUCAGCUUGACAUAGAAAUCAGGGAGCAGAGCCACAGUGUAAAACGUCCCUCUGUACUCCCUUCAGAGCAGCUUCCAAGCUACUCUCAGCUUGACAUAGAAAUCAGGGAGCAUAGCCACAGCUCUACACGUUCCUCUGUACUUUUGUUAGAGCAGCCUCCUAGCUACUGUCACUUUAAUAUAGAGACUGUGUCUGUCCCUCGUACUCGGCUCUCAAAUUCUAACCGAUCAAUUAAAAAAGGAGUAAAUAACAAGAACCUUACUAGAAUUAAGACUGUUAACAUAGCUGAACCAAGUACUAGUAAGAUAAAAUGUGGCCUACUGAAUAUAAGGUCUCUAAAUUCAAAAUCUGUGUUAAUAAAUGAACUAAUCUCUGAUCAUCGCAUUGAUUUACUCUCCCUAACCGAAACAUGGCUGCGUAAGGAUGAAUAUGUAAGUUUAAAUGAAUCCACUCCUCCUAGCCACCUAAACUUUCACAUUCCUCGAGACUCCGGCCGAGGUGGUGGAGUUGCAGCUAUCUACAAUUCCAAUCUUAGAAUUAACCCAAGACCAAAACUAGAUUAUAACUCUUUUGAAAGUCUCGUUCUCAGUCUCCCGCACCCAGCCUCAAAGUCCAUGAGACCACUGGUAUUUGCUAUAGUUUACCGCCCUCCGAGCCCAUACUCUGAGUUUUUGUCAGAGUUCUCAGAGUUCCUAUCCGAAUUAGUCCUUCUCGCAGAUAAAGUCAUCGUCGUCGGUGACUUUAAUAUUCACAUAGAUGUGGAAAAUGAUAGCCUAAGCAUUUCUUUUCGGUCCUUGCUAGAUUCAAUUGGGUUUACACAGUGUGUACAUAGACCUACGCACUGCUUUAACCACACUCUCGAUCUCGUCCUGACUUAUGGCCUCGAAACUGAUGCCCUGUUAGUCAGCUCAUUAAAUCCUCUAUUAUCUGAUCACUGUCUAGUAACUUUUGAAUUUGUGCUCUCAGGUUACUUUCCUCACAACAAAGUCGUGCUAACUAGAAGGUUGUCUGAAAAUGCUGUUACUAAGUUCAAGGAGGUAAUUCCGUCUGCUCUAAAUUCUGUAGUUGAGAAAAACUUUACUGAUAGCUCAUAUUUAAACAUCAGUCCCUUGCAACUCGACCAGUUUGUUGAUGAUACCUCAGGCACACUGCGAUCAGUUCUAGACUCAGUUGCCCCUCUUCGACAGAAAACUAUUACACGCGAGAGGCUAGCCCCGUGGUAUAAUGCUGAAACCCGUGAGCUGAAACAGUUAUUAAGAAAAUGUGAAAGGAUUUGGCGCUCCUCCAAAACAGCUGAAGCUCGUUUUCUCUGGCAGGAAUGUCUCGAUAAAUAUAAGAAAGCCCUACGACGUGCUCGGACAACCUACUACUCGUCUCUUAUUGAGGAAAAUAAGAAUAACCCCAGAUAUCUCUUCAGCACUGUAGCCAGGCUGACAGACUGUCCGAGCACCACUGAACCAUGUAUCCCAUUAGCCCUUAGCAGCAAUGACUUCCUGAGCUUCUUCAAUGAUAAAAUCUUAAAAAUAAGAGGUAAAAUUAGUAACCUAUUGACUCCACCAAGUGUCUCUCUCUCAGAUAACCCUAAAAAUGCUGAGGAGCCCCUAAGGCCUCUGGUGCACCUUAGUAAUUUUGUACCUAUUGACCUUCCUGAGUUAAAAUCAGUGGUGCUAGCAGCCAAACCAUCGACGUGUCUCUUAGACCCAAUUCCAUCUAAAUUGCUGAAGGAAACUCUUCCUUUGAUUAGUACGUCCCUGCUCAAAAUGAUUAACACGUCUUUAUUAACAGGAUAUGUUCCCCAGUCUUUCAAGACUGCAUUGAUUAAGCCUCUCCUUAAAAAACCUACUCUAGACUCAAGCUCCCUAGCUAACUAUAGACCAAUAUCCAACCUUCCUUUUAUUUCUAAAAUCCUAGAGAAAGUUGUUGCGAAUCAACUCUGUGAUUUUCUCCAUAACAAUGGUUUAUUAGAGGAUUUCCAGUCUGGGUUUAGAACCCAUCACAGCACAGAGACUGCUCUGCUAAAGGUGUCAAAUGACCUACUCAUGGCCUCAGACAAUGGUUUUCUCUCUGUUCUAGUCCUGUUAGAUCUUAGUGCAGCAUUUGACACAAUUGACCACUCCAUCCUGCUUCAGAGACUAGAACAAUCUAUAGGCAUAGCAGGAUCAGCUCUCUCCUGGUUUAAAUCGUACCUAACAGAUCGAUCCCAGUUUGUCAAUGUAAAUAAUAAAUCCUCUGCACACACCAAAGUGUGCUACGGUGUGCCGCAAGGGUCAGUGCUCGGUCCAAUCCUCUUCACCCUGUAUAUGAUUCCGCUGGGUAAAAUUAUGAGGAAGUAUUCGAUUAAUUUCCACUGUUAUGCAGAUGACACCCAGCUAUACCUAUCCAUAAAGCCAGAGGAAGCAGGCCAGGUUGCUAGGUUAGAAGCCUGCCUCAAAGAUAUAAAAUCCUGGAUGACCAAUAACUUUCUAAUGCUCAAUUCAGACAAAACUGAAGUUCUGGUCCUCGGUCCUAAACACCUUAGAGAGGCGUUCUCUAGUAAUUUAGCUACAUUUGAUGGUAUCAGCCUGGCAUCCAACCCCACUGUGCGUAAUCUAGGAGUUGUAUUUGAUCAGGAUUUAUCUUUUAGCUCCCACAUUCAACAAAUUUCUAGGACAGCCUUUUUCCACCUGCGCAAUAUCUCAAAAAUUAGACGCAUAUUGUCUCAGAGCGAUGCAGAAAAACUAGUCCAUGCCUUUGUUACCUCUAGGCUGGAUUACUGUAAUUCUCUCCUAUCAGGCUGCUCUAGUAAGUCAUUAAGGACUCUUCAGCUGGUCCAAAAUGCAGCAGCUCGGGUAUUGACUAGAACUAGUAGAAGGGAGCACAUCUCCCCUGUUUUAGCCUCUCUUCACUGGCUCCCUAUUAAAUAUAGAAUUGAGUUUAAAAUCCUCCUUGUGACAUAUAAAGCGCUUAAUGGCCAGGCGCCAUCAUAUCUCGACGAGCUAGUUAUACCGUACUUUCCAUCUAGACCGUUACGCUCACAGUCUGCAGGUCUGCUCGUUGUACCAAAUGUCUCUAAAAGUAGUGUUGGAGGAAGAGCUUUCAGCUACCAGGCACCUCUCCUCUGGAAUCAUUUACCGCUCGAGGUUCGGGGGGCAGACACACUCUCAACUUUCAAGAGUAGACUUAAAACGUUCCUCUUUGAUAAAGCCUAUAGUCAGGGCUGAUUUGAACCAGCUCUUAGUUAUGCUGCUAUAGGCCUAGACUGCCGGGGCUAUCUGGCACACUGAGCUAGAAUCUGUCUCUAUCUCCUCUUUAGAUCUUUAUGUCCCAUAUAAGUCACUGACCAGUUUUCUGUCUCUCUGAGUGUCUCUGAGUCUUUUAGCUGCCACUGGACUAAUGCUGCAAACGGUCUGCUGCGGAACUGCCUGACCCCAGCUGCAUCCAUCCUGGGCCCUGAGCUCCUCCAUCUCUUUGGCUCUUUGGCUUCUCUGGACCGUUGCUGCAGAGACCCCCCCCCCCGGCCCUGAGCUCCUUCUUCUCUCUGAUUCCUCUGGACUGUUACUGUUACUGCAGACAUGAACAUCAGCCUCACUGUCAUUAUUGACAUACAAAAUAGAACUGACUACGAUUAAGCCUGCUAACUGUAAUCACACUCAAUUAAUUCAACAUUGUCCAUUAUUUCUCAUAUCCUAAACCUGUAAACUGAACGUCUUUUUGUUUCACCAUUACAUGAGCUGUUGUCGUUGUUGCUGUUGUUCCUGCUGCCUCCUGUCUCUCUCUCACCCUCGUUCCCUACUCUCUCUCCCUCCCCCUCCCUCUCCGUACUAAUUCUCUCUCGCCUUUCCCCUAUCUUCCUGUCUCUCUCCCUCCCCCUGUCCUCUCCCCCUCUCCCCUCUUCUCUCUACAUUCCCCCCCAACCCAGCAGCGGCAUGGUGGCUGUCUAGCAUGAGUCUGGUCCUGCCCAAGGUUUCUGCCUGUUAAAAGGAAGUUUUUCCUUGCCACUGCUACUCAUGUUAGUUGAGAUGGGCCAAAACCCAUCUUAGGUUGGUUCUUGAUCAUCAAACAAUGAGCGUGGUCUCGACCUGCUCUUGUUCUUUGGAAAGCGUCUUGAGAUGACGACUGUUGUGAAUUGGCGCUAUAUAAAUAAAAUUUGAUUGAUUGAUUGAUUGAUUUCGAUUCCAGUUCCUAACGAUUCUCUAUUCCGAUUUUUUUGGAUGGGUGCUCACCAAAGUUCUUCUUUUUGGAUGAAAUUUCUGAACUACUCCUUGAAUUUUUAAAUCGUAACUUUUUAAGAACUUAACUAUGAAUUUCUCACAGGACUACUUUCAACCAGUAUAUAAAUAUCAAUUUUUGUUCUCAGGUCAUUUGUCUAUGAAAAAGUACAAGGGCUAACGUUAGUUGGAUAUUUAAGUCGACCCACCGUACACAGUACAAUUUGUUUGCCGCUUCAAUGUUAGCAGAAGACAGAAGUAAUUUAUUGCUUCACUUAUCUGAUUCUGGCUAGUUAGCGGAAGACCGGCGAAGUGCGUCAAAGACGGUCACUCAGGUAUUUCUCCUCCAUGAAACCUGAAGUGUUUAAUCAUGUUGGUCGUUCACCCUUCUCAGCAUGAUAUAACUGUGUUGCUAAUGUUGCAAUGAGAGAAGAGUUCAUUCUUCCUGCUAAAGUUAGCCAAACUUUUGACCACAGCCGCUGUGGGCUUCGUCCUCGUUGGUGUUAAGCGGCGUCUUCCUCGUUGGUGUUUGGCGGCUAUUUCCUCUGGUCGGCGGACUCCAGCAUCGAAACUUGGAAUUGAAAUUUUAAAAUUUGAACGAUUCCAUGAGAAUCGGAAUGUUAGUCCCAGUCCCCAUCGAUGCUCGAGACUCGAUGCCCAACCCUACUUUUCACAGAGCAAUUCAUUCAGAUUGCUGCUUGAGGACAAUGAUUAAAAAUUAGAGGUGCACUGAUCACAAUUUUCUGGCCGAUCACCGAUCUUUAAAAAGCUUGACCAGCAGAUACCGAUUUUGGACGAUACCAUUUAUUUCAAUAACUGACAACAUCCACCUUCAAUGCUCCAAUCUUAUUUUAAUGAAAAAUAUUAAACAAUACUUGUAAAACAAUGCAAACCUUUUUGUGUUUGUUUUAACUGCACAUGAGGUAGAUCUCUCAAAUAUAAAUGAAAGUUUAGAAUAUUGCUGUCCAAACUACUAAUCAGUUCCUUUAGUCUUUUAUUUUCCACAUUUAAAAAAUGAACAAUACUUGCGCAACAGGUCACACUGCAGGCCUGUUUUGAGCCUCUUACCAAAAUAAAGUGCACAGCAGUAUUUUGCUUUGACAAAUAAAGGAAAUUACAAGGUUUGAGGAAGUUAGUAAAAUAAUAAUCUACAGGACAAACUAAACUGGUGGGCAGGCCUGUCAUUCUGGCAAAGGCAAAAAGCUACAACAGCUGACUUUCAGACCUUUGCUGAGGUAGAUAAGAUCAGUGGAUAAAGUCGGUUUUAUGUGUAAGGAUCUGCCGAUCACUGAUCUCCCAAAAUUGAGGAAAUCCCGGCCGAUUGAUCGGUGCAUGUUUACAAAAAAUGAAUUGUUACUUGGUUUGACUUUUUAUAAAGCCACAGUAUUUUAAUUAUGGGGUGUUGGCUUUUUUUUUCCUGGUGUCACCUCACCUGAACUUUUCACUUUUUCCUCUGUUUGCCUUUUUCUGUUAUUUAGCAAUUCAGGCUUUGGUACAUGCAACCAGAAGUUAUUUUUCCUAUAAUUAUUAAUGGCCUAUUCAGCAUGAGAAUGAAUAAUGCUUUUCUGUUGCUUAUGAUCUUCUCUAUUGUACCACCCAUUCAUCUAUUUCGGCAGCUGCCAUAAGUCCCAGGAGUCCCUGCUGAGUUCAGCCAGUGGUUUCAGUAACUACAGAGGAAUCCUCAACUGGUGUGUUGUCAUGCUGGUAAGCCCCAAGUUUGCAUGAAGUUGAAUAAAUACACUUGAAACAGCCAACACUGCCAUACCAGCUCAAGGAUUUGCUAUAUUUUAUCUGAUUUUGUUUUCUACAAAUACUUCCAGUCACUCUGUUUCAAAGUGUUGACAUUAGAACUGCUGACGUACUGUACGUAGGAGGAUGACAAAUCCUCUGGAAUCCUGGUUGGUGUUCUCCCAGAUGGUUUGCAGUACAAGGAAUCCAUGUAUUAGUUACUUCGAGGUUGCUUGUCUCUUCUUUUGGUAUCAGUGCACAUGUAUGUUGUAGAAGUUUUAUAUUUUACAAAGGUGAUUACAGAGACACAAUACAUUCAUACUUUUAUACUGUUACACUUUGUGUCUUUCUGUACUUGAGUACUUCUAAACAGACAGCCGAAUGUCAGGAACACAAUAUCAUGUAUGCUAUUAUGAAUAACUUAAAUUAAAGAUGAAGAAUGUGAACACCACAUGAAUUUCAGUCUAACACGGAUGAUUACUAUUGAAAAUAUCAUUUCAAACCUGGUCCAAAACUCAAUCCUGAUUAGGUGAUUAGUCGGAUAUAUUUUAAGUUCAGUUAUAUAACUUUGAAAGGAUUCCCUGGUUUAUCUCUCCAGUUUCAGUUCUCUCUCCUCUGUGCUGGUAGUGGGCAAAACAGGAGAAAAAAAAUGAGUCAAGCAAAACCCUCUGUUGACUCAGGCUUUUAACACUGCUGUUACGUUUGUUGUAGGAUGUUUUGCUUCCUCUCCCAAUGGACUUAUGUCCAAUCCCAAAGCAUAUAGCACUUGUGCUGGGUAAUGAGUUGGUACAAUCCAUUUCAAAAUAGUAAGAGCAAGAAGGGAAGUUUACAAAAUGCAAAGAGAAUAACAAAGAGGAGGAGAACAUGGCUAAAGAUAGGGAAGAGAGGAUACAUAGGAGCAGGUAGGGAAACAAAAAAAGAGAAAGGGCUGAACGAUAUGUGUGACUCCAAUCAGAAGUAAACAGUACUAACCCAUUUCCUGAGGAAUAAAGACAUAAAGUAAAAUGCAAACAGUCAAGUGUGUUUUAAACCCAUUUUAUGUUGCAGGUGCUGAGUAAUGCUCGCCUCUUCCUAGAGAACCUCUUAAGGUGAGUCUGUCGUUAUUAAGUAUUACUCAUUAAUUUCAAGGGACUCCACACACUUUGUUUCCAAAGAUGUUUCUAUUCAAUCCGUUUGUUGUAUAAGAAAUACUGCAUACUGGUUUUAACCAUAUAGAUGAAUUCAUUCUUUAACAAUCCUCUCAUACUGAGGUUUUUAUUUCGCUUUCAAGAAUUAAUAUACAGUGUAUUUUUUCAGUGACUGAUUUUUGAAAGACAACUGUCUUGUCUGAACUGACAUUCAAUUUUAAUUAUAGUUUUUCACUAAAAGCUACUUUCUUUUUUCUCUUUGCCUUUUUUUUUUUUCCAGGUACGGUGUCCUGGUGGAUCCAAUCCAGGUGAUUUCCUUGUUUUUGAAUGAUCCGUACAGCUGGCCAGCAGCGUGCCUGCUGAUUGGUAGGUAAAGUUUUCUUCCCUUAGAUAAUUCCAGCUUAAAAAGCAAAAACAAUAAUCAUAAAUUAAAUAUGCUUGAAUUUCUUAUUUACACUGGGGUGUAACUGUAAUGCAGAAAUACAAACUGUAAAAAUAAAAGCCAAGGAGUUUGGGUUUUUAAUGGGAUGUCAAAUAUGGAUGGCUAUUGAAAUAAAACUAGAAUCACUCUUAUCACUGUAAAUUUGAAAAUGAUUUGAAAAAACUUAUCAAAAUGUUUGGCAUCAUGCUCAUUAACACAUAAAGUUUAUCUACUGAUAAACUUUUAUCAGGCUGUAGGACCAGGUUCAAUUAUUGUUAAGUAGUUUAGGAGUAACACCUCAAACCCUUGAGAUACUGCUCCUUGAGUAUAAAAUAAUAUAAUAUGAAAAAAAGAAUCAAUGUUUGGGUGAACAUGUAAGAUAAUUGAACUGUGUUUGAAGAUACAUCUUUGGUAGUUCCAUGAAAAAGUGACAUGAUCUCCUUUUGUACGGGUACAUGCUACAUUCAAAGUUUAUUGCGUUGUUUAUUUAUUUGGUGUAUUGCAGUGAACCUCUGCAGUGAUGCAGCUCAGAGUGUCUCUAGAGGGACAAUCACCUGCCCUAUUUACUGCACACUGGUGCUGUGCUGCAGGAAGAGGCAGCUAGAGAGUGAGAAAAAUGAGCAAGAGAGAAACUGAAGUGACAAGAGGUUUAUGGUGGGGGGUCAUGAGGAGGGAGAAGAAUGCAGGAAAGUAAAAGUAAAGGCAAGUUGGAAAAGAUGGGGAAUAAACAAGGAGUUGGGAAUGCGGGGGCGGAAGUGGAGGUGUGUGUGAGUACAAUACUGCAGGAGAAGUGAGGGAGGAGAAGGUGUGGGAGUGAAGGUAAAUGACUGCACUGACUGUGGUUGGGAAACAGGUGAGAUGGGAAAUCUGUUUACAGCAACGUGGAUGAUAAAGCAGCUCGUUCCCAGAGGGCAUUCAGCAGGUCUGGGAUCACUGCAGCAACUUGAACAUGUAGAAACACACAGUUAUACUGAAUUUUCAUGACUGAAAAUGGAGAGUCAAAAAUAUCUAGAAGCCUGCAGGCAAAAGGAAGAAAGUCUGAAAACAACAUAAGAAGUAUAUUAAUUAACUUGGUGACUAAAGUAAACCCAAUUGACCCAAGUGUCAGGUAUUUUUCUGUGUGACACGUUAUGAGGAACUUUUCCAUUUGGGUUGAUUUGUGCUUCCCUGGUGGACGUAGAAGGACGUCCCAAACUGGCUACACAUUUGAUGACAUUUAGAUCUUAUCCCUCUUCAAAAGCUUGGGAGAUCACACACAUAUGGAUAGUUACAACAUUUCAAUCCUCUGAACAUACACACAAGACUACGCACUUCAUGUUUAAAGUACUUGUGGUGCUUUUCCACUCCUUUACAUUUACCCUACUGUGGUUUGUUUUGCAUGAACAUUAUAAACGCACUGGUGUUGUUGACAUGAUUGCAUAAGCUAGUCUUCUGUUGCCUAGACUGUAACAUCAUUCAUGUUUGAUAUUUCUCAUUCUAGGUCAGCGAGGCUCCAACUCUAUCAGGAUAGGAGUGAUUAAAUGCAUCUGACACUUGAGAAUUAUUUGGAGAGAAGAAACUGCAGACAGACCUUAAAUUAGGACACACCCCUUCAAUCAUUAGGUUUGGAGAAUCAGGCCCUAAAUUUGGCCCUAAAAAAUCAUCAUCUAGUGUGUGACCAGCACUAGUUGAUAUUGUCCUGUGAAUGUCCAGGCUGUGUUUUUAAACAUUAAAUGUGACUCUUUUGUCUCUUGGCAGUCUUGUUGUGUCUGACACCUACUCCUCACAAUGGUUACAAGCAUUAAGGGAUAUUCCGGUCCAAAAUUAAUUUAGGGUCAAACACACUGUAACACCGAGUUAGACAACCCCACCGAGAGAUGAAUGUUGCCAACCAUUCCAUUUCUUCAUGGAAAUGCAAUCAGACUGAGACGCUAAGGCAGAAGAACUACUGUGUCUGCAGUGCAAAAUGAUUAAUAUGGUGAUUAUUACUUCAAGGAAAUGAUAAAGUAAUGAUCAUAAAUGUUCUUCCUUGAACUGCGUCACCCCACAGCAGUCUGUAAUGGACUGGCCCGAGGUUUCGCUACAAACAAGCGGCUGCUGGAAGAGAGUAGGUGAGUUGUGUUUAGUCUCUCUGCAGACGGAGAAAUCAGGCAAAGUUAAAAAGAUGUUUGGUGGCUAGUGCUGUGGUUGGGACCCUAUAUGUAUUGUUGAUGAAGUUAGGAGCUGUUCUCAGCAUUAUUUUGUGGCUGUAGAGUGGCGUUUUGGUUGAGGUUUGUGUGUGACUUCUCAGACCACUGUGUAUUGCUAUUGUGUGGUCGUUACUGGAGUUGGCAUGACUAGAGAAGCAAGCACGGCAACAUUCAUCUCUCGAGGGGGUGUCUAACUCGGUGUUACGGUGUGUUUGACCCUUAAUUAGUUUUACGCUGGAAUAUCCCUUUAACUAGCAUUCUUAGCUCUUUUUGCUGAUUGUCUCCUCUUCUAAGAGAGGUGUCAAUAUUUCAAUACUAGCUAAAAAUUCCUCACAGUGGCUUUAAAAUGUGUUUGUUUUUGCUUGUGUUUGACUUGCUUAAAUCAAGUUCUCCUCAGAUUAAAGAUUUUUGCUAAGUGAUCCCUGUUUUAACCCUUUUCUCCCCUUUUAAAUCCCAAAUACACCAUGAUGUCAAAAAUGAGCAUGUGACCUUAUCAUUAAACAAAAUACAAACUGAUUGGCAUUGCACUGCUGAUAAAUAAACACCAAAACUCAGUUAGCAAUCAAAAAACUCUCUAGAUUAUAAUGAUUGAUGCAAAAUGAAACAUGCUUUAGAAACGAAGCACUUCAAGCAUUAUUUAGCAGACACCUGCCAAUCACUCUUAAAAUGCUGUUCUGCUUCACUUUAUUUCCUGAAUUUUAAAAGAGUUCCUGAUAGCCGACCAGACGCGGCAUGUUACAGAAAUUGUGUGCAGACCUGUAUACACACACUUACUUUGUCACCAAACUGUGCAGCAGUUGGUGUGUGCUGUGCAACACAUAUGCUCUGUUAGUGCUGGCUCAUUUCUUUCAUCAGGUGUUGCUGUGUAAUCAUGUGAGAGAAUUUGGCCGUGCCUGUGUGGCUACAUGUUUCACAGUCAGCACGGUCUACAAAGCUAAAUUCACUUCACUCACUUACAGACCAAAGCAAGACAAAAUUAGACCUGAAAGUUAGCUAUUAAGUCAAUUGGAGCAUCAAGUUUGGUUCUUUUCAAUAUCUCUCUUUUAAUGUAAAAAAAAAUGUACAUCAGCGUUUUUGCUCAAUCUGCUCAACAGAAAUGCAGCUUUUUUUCUACAUUCAGUCCUUAUCUCUGUGGUAAUGUUUGUGUUCUUUGUAGCUCAUGGUCCAUGACUAACACAGCCUUUCUUCCACUAGCUUGAUACUACCAAAUAAUCAGCUUGUAAUAAGGAGAAAACAUCAGGAAUUAGUAGAAACAGGGUUCCAUCAGCAGCAUAUUGUAAUGAAAACCUUUUACUAUUUUUAGCUACCAGAAAACACACACGAGGGCUUUUAGGAAAUAUUUUCAUGUCCAGAUAUUUAAAUUCGAAUUGUCUUCCUUCUGCAGAGCCCACUCAGAAAUGGGGCUGCUGGAAACAACCAUAUCACAGACAGUUUUAGAGAAGCUCACAGGAAUAUCUCAUUGUGUUUUGACAGUGUCCAACAUCUUCAUCCUGGUGGCUCUCUACACAGAGAGGCAGCUGUCCAAGGUAAGAGCAGAAGCCUCGCUUGCAUUCAGACAUCAGAGCGCUGAGGAUUUCAACUGAACUGUUGAAUUUGGAGCAUUUUCUCAAACCCCAGGAGGGAUUAUUUUUCUAAAACCGUUCUCUUAAAACUGACCCUCCCCAGUCGCCUCUGCGCAUUUUAAACGGUUAAAUGAGAAAUUAGUUUCACUAUCUGCAUUAAGAGCAGAUUCAGUUCAGCUUGGUCUGUUUGACAUGAAUAUGGAAUAUUAUGAGCUUUUUAAAACUUUAACAGGCCAACAGAACCCAGAAUUAAGUUCAGUAUACAGGCAGAGGAAAUUCACAGUUAUUAAACUUUUUUUUUUACACUUUUUUUGAAUAAGCUUGACAGAAAAAUACUAUAUUUAAAAAGAUUGGAAGGAGUGAGUCCAGUAACAGUUGUUUGAUGAAGGAAAACUCUCUGUUUGUACGAUUAAACACACACUCUCUCUCUCUCUCUUUCCCUUUUUCUGCUCAGGGUUCAUUUAGUGAACUUGUUGGAUUUGUGGUCCAUUGCGUUAACCUGACAAUCAUGCUAACAUUCCCGGCUGUAGUGGUGCUUCUGGUUCCCUCUGUGACUCCAGGUAAAUGUUUUUUGAAACCCUCAUUAAAAGUACCAUCUCUUCUGCCCUGCUACCACCAACUUGCACAUAAUCGAGACAAAUUGCUGACUCAAACAGAAACAUCCAUUUCACAGCCAAACCGUUAUCAGUUUAUUGGUAGUUUACAAUGUUGCCAUGUGUGUAAAACAGAAAGUAAUGUAGCUGUAAUAAAGAUUAAGAGGUCAUUCAUAUCCUUACCCUUCAGAGAAACAGUCCACCAGUUUGAUAGAGCAGUAAAGGAUUCCUCUUAUACAGAGUCAUAAUUGGAGACGGUUAGCGGUAAUGGACCAGUUGGUCAUGACUGGAUUAUUUCCAGCUGGCUCAAAGAAAAGGAGAGGGGAGAGGAGACAGGAGGAGAUGGAAGGAAAGGGAAUAAAAAGAAGGAGAUGCCAAAGUGGGUGUGGUCUGCACUGUGAGGUCAUCCAAGGGUCACCAUGUUGUGUCUUCAUCAGGCUGCCUGACAGAUACAAUGGCUGCCUUGCAGUUUACUUCAGAUAACUGAGUAAUACUAUUGAUUGAUUUUAACAUCAUAUAUAUAAUCUUUUUAAUAUUUAUAUAUAUAUAUUUGAAAAUACAAGUUUUAUCCAUCAAGGUACUGUAAUGUGUUUUACAAAGGCAGGAGAUACAUGGUUAGGCUCAUCAGGUUUGACUUUUAAGUCAUUUUUUUGUUUCCUCACCUAAUGAAGUAAAUGUUUGAGAAGCAUAAAAGUAAAUAUAAAACCUCUACAGGAGAGAAUUAUUCUUAAAAUGAAAACCUAACAAAGUGGAAUAUGUACAAUAUUUACAUUAUAUUGACUGAGUUACAUUUAUCUGCUAGCCUGCUAAAGUCCCACUGGAAAGUGAUUGAAACCAUUAAUGUCAUGAUUUCUCACAGGUACUCCAUCUUUUAUUCUUCAAGCUUCAGGUGUUUCAGCUAAAAUCUUAUCAUUGACGGAUUUUGAACUUUAAGUGUAAUUCUGGCAAAUAUAUCAACCUGAGUUUGGUCCAGGACUGUUAUUGUUUUUAACCUCUCCUCUCUCUCCUCCUCUCCUUUCCUCUCCUUUCCUUUCCUCUCCUCUCCUCUCCUCUCCUCUCCUCUCCUCUCCUCUCAUCUGUUCUCUCACUGGGAGGUGAAGGAGUAAAGGAGUUGGUCCAUCUGUCUGUCUGCUCUCCUCUCUGUGUUGCUGUUCACACAGGAAGGGCAAUUAUAGAGGACAGGUGUGUGUGUGUGUGUGUGUGUGUGUGUGUGUGUGUGUGUGUGUGUGUGUGUGUGUGUGUGUGUGUGUGUGUGUGUGUGUGUGUGUGUGUGUGCAGUACCUUAUGCGUUCACACACUGCUUACUCAGCCUGUAUUCAGACGUUGUCCAUGCUGCAGAAUGAAUGAUCUGAUAUCAAGUUCAAAUUUCUUAAGCGGACUAAUGUGACGAAGCGGAAAUGUCUUCUUUAAAGUCUGAUGACAUUAUUUCCUGUCUGAUGCAAGAAAGUCCUGGACUCAGAAUAAAAAUCUAAAUGCUUGUCUAUCCUAUUUUAGAGCCACAUAUGAACCUAACAUUUCACCAGUUAUAUUUGUACUGUACAAAGCCAGUAAGUGUAAUUCAUUUGUGGCUUACAUGCUGUAUUUACAUGCAGGAAAAUGUAAAACUCUGAAAGCAGUAAACUUUGAACUUGGACUUUGUUCACUGAAGUCUGAAAACAAAACCCUUAACAUUUACUUAUAUUCUAAUUUGGAAUAGGAUAAGUUAAAAGUGAGCCAAAAAAGGAAGAAACAUAAUCUUCAAAAAAGGGUGGACAAACACUCCUGUCAGGUUUUGUGUAAACACUUCUGAAUGUAACACUGAGUAAUGUUAAUGCUGACAGUCAAACACAAUGGCCUUUUUAGAUUAAAACAGUUCACAUCAGUUCCAAAUCAGCCUACUUAUCCAUCAUGUACAGGCUUGAAAGACAGUGGUGUCAAACUGGCAUUUGUGAUGCGUUCAGACGAAUAUCAUGUUACCUGACUGUGGUGAGACCCGCCUCUGUAGUGGAGGAACAAGUUUUACACAAAACACUCCCUUGUGAGUGGAGGGGGCAGGAGGGGACAAAAAACUGUGUGUUGAUUUGAGUCUUUGUGUCAGAAAAACACAACAAAAAUCAAGAUUUUUAAGGAUAAAAGUGGAUGGUUGGGAUUUUUUGUAUAUUUCCCGCCUCGGCCCCACCUCUCUGUGUUCCUAUCAGGACUUGUGUACCUCCUGUAGCCGUCUUGUAGCCGAUCUGGUUGUUAGAAGCCACAUACAGCGAGAGAGACAGAUGGUUAAUGGAUAAGAUCUGCUGUGGUUUGAUGCCAGGUGUGCUGACCUCCACCUCACCCUGCUGGCAGGGUUUAUUUGUGUGUUUGUGUGCACACAUAUGAGAGUGUGGGUCUGUGCUCAGAGGUGUUUCUCCUUCUCGGAUCAACAUGAUCCUUUUUCUGUAAAGCAUGUGCUGAUCGUUGAUAAAGCCUGAGCAGGAAAACCUUUUCAGUUGGCCUAUGACAUGAACAUGUCGAUCUAGCAUCCAAUCAUUUUGUAUUAUGGCUCACAGAAACAAACACUGUUAUGUUUUUAUGAGUUCACCACAGUGGAAAAACAAGGUGGCUGUAAUCUGUAAUAUUGUCCUUGGCACAGUUGGACCACUCUCCCACUUUGAGCUGAGAUUAAUGUGACUGGGCUCAUUCUCUCUUUCUUUCUCUGUUUACUCCUUGCCUCCUCUUUUCCCCUCUAUUUCCUCCUCUUUCUCUACAUCCUCUCCUCCUUUUCUCUCUACCUUAUUUUUCUGUCUCCCCCAUCCCAUUUUCUCAUCUUUCUUACCUUGCACUUUAGGUUUAAGAGUAGGUUGCAUUUUCUGCAACUCUAAAGCUUCGCACACGCUGAGGCCAUAACCAUCAUCUUUCUCUCUUCCUGUCAGUUGGAGGUGCAUUAGCUCUUGGGACUUACACAAUCCUCUUCCUGAAGCUGUACUCCUAUAAAGAUGUCAACAUGUGGUGCAGAGAGCUGAGUACUGCCAAAGCCAAGAAACUGGCCAGGUCACUGUCCUGUAAGUCACUAACACACGUGAGUCCAAACUGAAAAUGAGUUCUGUGCCAAAAGUGAGAGUGGAUUCUGUCUUCUCACCCAAAAAAUGACACUGCAGUCCUUAGUUCAUGUUGUUAUAGUGACAUCCAAAGGCAGAUACUUGAUACUACAGCCGGCAGAUUCACCUCAAAGUCUCAGGGUUAGGCAGAGUUUCACAGGAAUACACCAACAAACAAAAAUACAUUUUCAUAAUAUGUGACAAAACUGUGACAUCUGCCCACAACUGAUUAUCUCACCUCACACAAACUUUGCACUGUUGUGUGUUUGUGUAUUAUUACUACCCACAGGUCCCUCAGUGCAGGACUUCAAUGGGAGUAAAGUGUGUUACCCCGGCAACCUCACCCUUCGAGGUACUUAAAUAUAUGUCUAUGACACCUAAUGAAUCAAGUCGUAUCAACACUGCCUCUCACUUUUGUUUCAUUCUGUUAUAUAUUUCACUGUGCACUGUCAUACUUCUCCAUCUGCAGACAUGUACUACUUUGCCUUUGCCCCGACUCUCUGCUACGAGCUCAACUUCCCUCGUUCACCGAAGAUCCGCAUGAGCUUCCUGCUGAGGAGACUGUUUGAGAUGGUUAGAAAAUGUCUCAUGUAGAGCUGCGUGGUCAAAAAAAGCGCCUUUGGAGGAAAGCCUCCCUGUUAUUAUUUGUAUUUUUACAGGCAUCUCAUAAAAACACACAUUUUUAUGAUUAUAUUUCCCUCUUUACUAGUUGAGUAGAAUAGUAUGAGUGAUCCUGUGAAUGAUAUAUUAAUUUCAAAAGUUAUUUAAAAAAGGUUUUGCAAACUUCGCUGUCUCUAAUUUGAUGCACUUGAAUAUUUAUGUAGUUAUUUGAUUCAGUGAAAUCAUGUGACUCACUUUGAUGAUGUGUGUCUCUGCUCGCAGAUGUUCUUCAUCCAGCUGUUAGUCGGUCUCACUCAACAGGUACUUUCUUUUAGUAUAAACCAUAAGUUGUGUACAAAGUUAUGAUCAUAAUUACUCAGUGUCCUCAGUUGUGAAGAAGGCUCUACAGUGACUUUUAAUUCCUGUCUUUUAGUGGAUGAUUCCCAUCAUUCAAAGUUCCAUGAAACCACUAGAGGUGAGGAGGACAGAGUGACAGUAAGACUAAUGCUGCACAGAACUACAGAGUGUUAUUCAUGUUUUCUAAAUCAAUGGCUGCUCUCUCCCCUUCUCUGUAGGACAUGGACCUUUCCAGGAUGACUGAGAGACUUCUGAGAUUAGCUGUGAGUCCAAACACAACACGUACACAAGCUACAUGUUUAUGACCACAAACCUUGGAAUUAGGAGAAGAGGUGUCAGUAAUCACAUCAUUUUCAAAGGGCCACAAGGCUGAUUUUCAUCUCUGUUGAAUUCAGAAUAAAGCCAACGUUCAUCUUUCAUUUAAAAUUAAUGAAAACAGUAGAACUGAUUCAGAGUCCGGGUUUCAUCCAGUGAAUAUUUGAUCAUAUUUUUAGAUUCAAAGCCAUCCAAACGGUGACUUUUCACUGAAAUCUGUCCAAAUUUGGCUUUUUAGAAAAUCAUGCAUAAUGUGGAUUACACAGAGGGUAUAGCCUGUCUUGUUUUAUAUCAUAGUUUUAAAUGGCUAAAGAAGAAUGGACUUUAUCUCAACAUGACUCUAUUGAUAACACAAAAGCAAUGGUGUUUUUUUACACUUUGCUUGUUCUUGUUCUUGUUCUCAUAGUCUGGCAUUUUCUUCUAUAAUUCUAACCAGGUUCCUAAUCACCUGCUGUGGCUCAUAUUUUUCUACUGGUUCUUCCACUCCUCUAUGAACUUUACAGCAGAGCUGCUGUGCUUUGGAGACCGACAGUUCUACAAAGACUGGUGGUAUGUUUCUGUGUGUUCUGCACAUGGAUUUCACGAGCUGUGGUGGACUUUGGUUUUAUGGGUCUGAGUUUCUGCAUGCACUGGUGCUUGCAAUAGUUUGCAUAAGAACUGACAUAGAUAGUUCUUUGCAACCUACCUGUGCUGAUAAUAGUUUUGUGACAAUAAGAGUUUGGAAAAUAGAUGUAUGAUGUUUAGUUGAAAACCAUCUGGACUCAUUAUUGUGGUUAAAGAAGUGAAUUCAGCUCUUACGUGUGAUAUGACUUUGCUAAACAUUCAUCUCUGGACUGUAAGAGAGUCACUGUAAAUUCUUUUGUCCUACCUGUUAGUUAAGAUUUCAGAUUUGUUCAUGUUAAUCAAUAUUGAUCAGACUGCUUUAAAUCCAUUAUUCACACUGUGCACUGCUUCUAUUUUUCAUUCUGCAUUCAGGAACUCAGAGUCAGUGACAUAUUUCUGGCAGAACUGGAACAUCCCCGUACACAAGUGGUGUCUGCGGUGAGUUAUUCAAACACUAACGCACUGAGAGGGAGCAAUGAAAUUUAUAGAAGUGAACAAGGCUUAACAAGGCACACCGAUGUAUUUUGGGGAAAUUGAUUCUUCUGGCUGUGAGUAAGUGGUAGUAAUAAAUACAGCGCCUGCAGCCAGUCACAGAUUCAGUAACUCUGCAACAAGAGCAAAUCCAGUGAGGUUUUAUUCAACAAGACAGAGUAAAUGAAAUGCUAUUUAAAGGGCAUAAAACCUGCUGGCUUUGUAUUUCAGUCAGGUAGGAAGACUAGCAGCACAUAAGAGAGUAAAUUCAAUUCAAUGUAUACUCAGGACAAGAGAUACUGAAAGGUAGACAAACAAAUAAGUUAAAUCUUUUAAAAGCUUAGGCUGCGCAUUAAAAGACGCUCUGGUUUCACCCAUUUAAAUAUGAUGUUUUUGUGUCUUACAGCCACUUUUACAAGCCCCUGCUGAGGAGAGGAUUCAGCAAAAUGGUCAGUCAAUCAGCUGUCUUCUUUUUGUCAGCCUUCUUCCAUGAGGUAAGAGCUAAAAACAGCCAGUGAGUAGUCACUUUGGAAGUCUAUGUCUUUUUUUUAUUUUUUUUAUUUAAUUUUUUUAAAUUGAGUUUCAUGCUUCCACCACAAGGUACAUAACCCUUUUCCAAACAGUAGAAUAUCAUAUCAUAAAACAUAAUAUAAUUUUUCAAAAUCCACAUUCUUUCAUGGUGGUGCCAGAAUGAAGUGAAACUCUUAUACACUUUUACACCAACACAAGAGUAACACAACAAAACAAAAACACACAGUAAACAGUUACAACAUUUAAAUCCAUAUACCACUCACUCAGACUCAUACUCCCACCUUCCACCCAACAAAGUCUAGGUCUUAUUGUCUGUAUUUAGAGAGAACAAACAUAAAUUCAUAAAUGACAAGCACUUGCCAAAAUCUGGCAACUUCUUAUAAAGGCAGAAACCUUGAGCAGAACCAGACUUAUAAUGAACAACCAUCAGCUGUGACUGUAUCAGCUGAAGAGAGGGACGUAGAGAUGCAAACAAACAGAGCAACAUCUGAUAAUUUAGACUUAAUGCAACAGUGCCAAUAAAGCAGCAAAAAAAAAAUGCAACAUUGUCAAUUAGACAUUUAAUACCGUAAUAACAAACUUAAUUGUAACUCUAGCAGCUUCAGUCAAUCAGGUCUCAUUGGUAUUAAUUAUAAUGAGAGUAUAAGUAACUAUAAUCCCAGAGAGACAGAUUUUGUUUUGUCAAGUUGCCAAGCAGUCUGAGCUCAUAGCAACAUAACUAGGGUUCACUUCUUAGCCAGAUUCAGCCUUCACUUACCUUAGAGCUGAAAAUGAAAGUUUUGAAGUCUACACUUCAAAGUAAAGAGGGUGUCUACCUCCUGCACCUUAAGAGAGUGACCUGGUUGUGUUAGUCUCCAACUCCCAUGAGAGACUUGAGGUGCUGUGAGCAGGCCUGCAUUCUGGGAGGGCAGGGUCCCAGAGGGGUAAUCAGGGCCUGUGAGAUCUUUGAAAUGUAACAGUGCUGGACUUUUAAAAGCUUUGUGAGGAGGAUUUUUGCUUCACUUUCAGGUUCCCUCGGGCUGAAUUGUCAUGUAUAAUUUAAUAACAUUUGUGUGAUGAUGAAAUAGGGUGUUUCCUCAUGAUGUUACUUGGAGGAGGCUUAUAAACAGUAAGAACUUGUGCAGGCACUGAACCUUGUGGUCAACUUCAUGCUGUUCCUAUUAUGCUUAUUCGUCUCGUCUCUGUAACAGGAUGUGAUUAUUAAUUUUGUGGUAAAUCUUCUCUGUAAAUGCUCCUUCUUUCAGAUGCUUAGAUAUUCUUCUAGAUUGAACAUAUUCUGUUUUUUUCUGCUCCUGUCCGUGUUUUUGUCAGUACUUGGUGAGUGUUCCUCUCAGGAUGUUCAGACUCUGGGCCUUCAUGGGCAUGAUGGCACAGGUGAGACUCUAGGCCAAUAACCAAAUGUGGUUGUCACGUAGCUAUAAGAAACUCUUUGUAUAAAACUUCUGUUUGCUUUGAAACUACAAGUAAAGCAAGCUCAUGAACCAUGUUUGCUUUAUCUUCAUUUGUAUUUCCUCAACAGCUUCCAUUAGCCUGGUUUGUCGGCAGCUUCCUGCGUGGCACCUACGGCAACGCUGCAGUGUGGAUCUCACUCAUCAUCGGUCAGCCUUUUGCUGUCCUGAUGUACGUCCAUGACUACUACGUCCUGCACUACAGACAGGAAGCUGAUUGA